GGCAGGGAGGAGGGGUGAGAAGGAGAACGUCUGAUCAGCUGGGGCCAAAAAUGGUCCUCUAGGGUUAAACUAAAUCUCUCUGCUUCCACUUGUGUGUGAGUGAGGCUUAGCUCACGAGCCUCUGUGACCCAUGCCCCUGCCACAAGGCUGGACUGGGCAGCGCUGACUCAGCCCUGCCAGCCAGAGGCCCUGGUUCACCAUGGCCUUCUGCGCUGGAAGUUCCUCCUAGUGUCUCACCCAGAUCUCCCCACCCGGGAGACACCCCCUUUGAGCUCUGCCCUGGGUGGACGGCCAGUGUGGAGCAAACAUGGGCACCUGUGUCCAUGUGAUUUGCCCGUCCCUGGCUGGGCCUGAGUCGUUCCCUCCUGCUUCUGGGCUCGGGCUGCCCACCGGUUUGAUCUCUGUUGAGGGGGCAGGAGGGUGGCCAUAGGUGAUGCUAGACUCUCAGCCUCAUUACCUCAUUGACCAUUUUAGGUCUGUCUGUUAUACAGAUAAGGAGAUUGAGGCUCAGAAAGGGAUAUGGUUCACCCAACGUCAUACAGCCCUUUGUGCCCACCCAUGUGGCCGUGCCCUGACUCAUAGGGCCAGGGUCUGCUGGAGCUGUGGGCACUCACAUCCUUUCCAUCAGCAGCUCAAACAAUCUAAGACAGGGCACAGGGGCCUCUCAUUCUCUCCCACCGCCCAGAACUAAUCUGUUCACAGACUGAUACACAGCAUGCUCUCUGGUACUUUCCCAGCUGUCCUGUGGAUAAGACUGCACACUUCCACUGCAGGGGGCGCAAGUUUGAGCUCUGGUUGGGGAAUUAAGAUCCUGCAUGCCACACAUUGUGGCCAAAAAACAAAAACACAUGCUCCCAUCCAGUGAGGGCAAACUCAACUGAGAGUCCUUGGUGACUUGUUGCCUGCUCACCUCUGGCCCAUUGAGGGGGAAAGGGAUGAGGCCAGAGGUGAGCGACUACCUUUGCUCCCAACCUAGGCAGGACUCUGACUGAUUUGGGAGCGUCGCAGUGCAGUGAAGUCUUCAGGGGCGAAACAUGGCUUGUGCUUGAUGAGCGCUGACUGUGGGCCAGGCAUGUCUCCCAGCAUUACUCAGAUUAUCUCCCUGACCCCCUGAAGCCCAGAAGGCAUGCACUGUUUUAUGCCCUACUGAGGCACACGGGGCUCAGAGAGGUUAAGAGACUUGGCCGAGGUCACCCAGUCAGUAUGUGCGGAGCCCACAUGCAAAGCCAAGGAGUCCAACUCCAGCAUCAGAAGCCUUCAUAAACUACUGCGAGAUGGCCCAGGCUGCUCCUGGAAGGAGGAGCUCCCCGACGCUGGGGGUGGCGAUUGGUGGGGUGGGACACUGCUAGGUAGUGGGGAUUCUACAGAAGGGGUACAAGCACUGGAAGGCCUUUUAGCUAUCUCCAACCCCAUGAGACAUCAAGUCACUCCUGGUCUAUGAAACAGUGGAGACACGGGAAGUCAGGAUCAGCCCAGCUGUGGACUCUUCCAGUGGCAGAUUAUAGAAGCCCAUCCACGUGCGGGGCAUGGCAUUCAUGGAGGGCAGCCAACGGUGCAAUACGAUGGAUUUCAUCUCCUUGUCACUCAAGGAAGGAUCUGGUGCAGUAGGAGACUCUCCCAGCCCAGCGAGGAGCCCAGGAUGUUCCUGAAGGCUGUGGUCCUGAGCCUGGCCCUGGUGGCUGUCACCGGAGCCGAGGCAGAAGUCAAUGCCGACCAGGUGGCCACUGUGAUUUGGGACUACUUCAGCCAGCUGGGCAACAAUGCCAAGAAGGCGGUGGAACAUAUCCAGAAGUCUGAGCUCACCCAGCAGCUCAACACCCUCUUCCAAGAUAAACUUGGGGAAGUGAGCACCUACACGGACGACCUGCGUAAGAAGCUGGUGCCCUUUGCCACGGAACUGCAUGAACGGCUGACCAAGGACUCCGAGAAGCUGAAGGAGGAGAUUCAGAAGGAGCUGGAGGACCUGCGGGCCCGGCUGCUGCCCCACGCCACCGAGGUGAGCCAGAAGAUCGGGGACAACGUGCGCGAGCUACAGCAGCGCCUGGGACCAUACGCAGAGGAGCUGCGCACCCAGGUCGACACCCAGGCGCAGCAGCUGCGGCGCCAGCUGACGCCCUACGCGGAGCGCAUGGAGACGGUGAUGAGGCAAAACCUGGACCAGCUGCAGGCUUCGCUGGCGCCCUACGCCGAGGAGCUCCAGGCCACGGUCAACCAGCGCGUGGAGGAGCUCAAGGGGCGCCUGACGCCCUACGCAGACCAGCUCCAGACCAAGAUCGAGGAGAACGUGGAGGAACUGCGCCGCAGCCUGGCCCCUUAUGCUCAGGACGUCCAGGGGAAGCUCAACCACCAGCUGGAGGGCCUGGCCUUUCAGAUGAAGAAGCAUGCUGAGGAGCUGAAGGCCAAGAUCUCAGCCAAAGCCGAGGAGCUGCGGCAGGGGCUGGUGCCCCUGGUGAACAGCGUGCGUGGAAGUCAGCCGGGCAACGCCGAGGACCUGCAGAAGUCACUGGCAGAGCUGAGCAGCCGCCUGGACCAGCAGGUGGAGGACUUCCGCCGCACCGUGGGGCCCUACGGCGAGACCUUCAACAAAGCCAUGGUGCAGCAGCUGGACACGCUCAGGCAGAAGCUGGGCCCCCUGGCGGGGGACAUGGAAGAUCACCUGAGUUUCCUGGAGAAGGAUCUGAGGGACAAGGUCAGCAACUUCUUCAACACCCUCAAGGAGAAAGAGAGCCAGGCCCACGCCCUCCCCGCACAGGAGGAGAUGCCCGUCCCUUUGGGGGGCUGAGUUGCCCCUGGUGCCCCCGCCCCACCACUGACACCUGCCCUGCCCUGCCCCCUGUCUGUAUGUCUGUCCCAAAGCAGUUCUUGUACAGACCUGUGGAUACCUGUCCAGUGGAAAGUGAUGCUACCUCUCGCUUCUCAAUAAAGCUGCUGAGAAACUA